AUGGAUCAUCCUUUGCCACAACCAAGCGAAUCCAGUGAUAUCCCAAGCGUUUUAUCAACUCACCAGCGUAUCAAUGGAUUUGAACGGCCAUUUUCACGGGAUCAAGUGAUUUCCUGGAUUGGUCAUUCAGUCUCCGGGUUGAGUUUUUAUAUUGGAACAGCUGGAGUUUAUCUAUGCACUGGACAGGAAAGUCGCAAUGAAGAACAAUCGACGAGUUCUGUAAUGACUACAUUGACACUGGUCGCAGUUGGAAUGCAUGUGGUCAACUCGACCAUUUUAAUCACAUCCUGGAGAUCUUGUGAGACCAUUGACCCAGCUGCACCUGUGGACGAUUCGAUGUCCAAUGGAUGGAGAUGUGUGAGACUUAGUGGACCAAGAUGGGAGAAGACACGGUACUGUGCUUUGUGUCGGAAAGCCGUGCCUGGACUGGACCACCACUGUACGUGGCUGCAGACUUGUAUCGGUAAAGUCAAUUACGCUCAGUUCUUCACAGUAGCAUGCACGGGCACAGUGCAAUUCGUACUGCAAGUCGUGUAUGCGGCUUUGUGUCUCUUGUGGCUGCACUACCAUCCAUUCGAUGCUGGCAUAUUCGGCUACGUCGUGGAAAGUUGCUUAGUUGUGUGUUUGGUAAUGUCCGUCCCGUGCAUGUUCAUGUACUUUGUAUUGGUGAGUUUUCAUCUAUGGCUCAUGGUGUUGGGCUACGGUACGUACGAGUGGAUGCUACGUCGACGCAAGGAACAGCGUGCGAAAUUGGAGGCCAAGAAACAGAAGAAACACACUGCAACAGGUGAAAUCAUCUCCACCAGUACACGAGUAGUAUCCAUGUCUGUCGUCAAGGACAGUCCCGCCGUAAUUAAGGUCACCGAUGUUAAGCUGGAAGAACGAGACCGAGAGCUUACAGUGCUCUAG